AUGUUGGUAACAUUUAUUGUUGUUAUCAAUUCGAUUGUCGUCUUAUCAGAAACUCAAAAUUCCGAUUUAAAACUCGAUAAGGAAUUGGAUCCGAUUGCACAAGAAGUCAUAAUAACGACGGAAGAUUCCGAGGGAGGAGAAAGAGAUAAAAGAUUUAUAUUGAAAAAAAUCGGACUCAAAGCUGGACUCAUUCAUUUAGUAUUCGGGAAAAUCGAUUCGAUCAUAGAUGCAAAAACUCGAGCCGUUAACGAAUUCGACAAGUUGAACGUAAUUAAAAAUCAAAAAUAUUUCGGAAUAACUCCUCAUCCUCCGAUACAUCACUUCAAUAACGAAUUGGUUAGUAGUCUAUUGAAUGCAAAAGCUAAAUUUGUUAGUUCGGCCGUGUCAUCAGUUUUACAAAGUAAAUUAACUCACGCGACUGGAGCUUUGGGAGCAGCACUCAGCGGACACAAAACACAUCAUCAGGUAUAUACUACUUCCGGUGUUACAAAACCCGUCGUGACGACAGUCACAGCCGUAACUCCAGUCGUUGGAGCAGGAGUAGGAGUAGGAGUAUCGUUGCCAAGCGUCGCAAGUGCUUCUUUCGGUACGUCUGCAGGAGUUGGAGGUGGUAGCAGCGGUAGCAGUGGUGCAUCCGUCGGAGCAAGUGCAUCAUUACCAGGUUUGGCGAGUGCUUCUUUCGGAGCCGGAGCCGGUAUACCAUUAACAGCUGGCGGUGGUGCAUUUUCAGCCGGAGCAUCCAUACCCGGAUUGGCUGGUGCGUCUUUCGGAGCUGGUGGAUCUUUCCCAUUAUUCGGUGCUCAUUUGGGAGCAAACGAACGCAUCAUCGGAAUCACGCACAUUAAAUAA